GCAGCAUCCCAGCUGCCAUGGGGGCUCCAGGGGCCGUCCUGCUUGGGGUUCUGCUCCUCUGGCUCCUGCCCACCGGCCAGGCUCAGAGUUAUCCAGAGGACUUAGAGCUGUCAGAAAGUACACCGGAAGAUGCAGAAAUGGCCUCCCCAAGCACUAUUGUUCUGACGGUGACAGACAUAGAACUGGGGAUAAAUUCUACCACUGUUGAUGAGCAGGAGAAUCAGUCGGACAUAUUGAUGCUGGUGAUACCAUUGAGUUUAGUGGCCUUCCUCAUUUUGUUAGUGAUUGUCUUUGUAAUAUUCUAUAAGAGAAAAAGAGCCAAACAAGAGCCUUCUAGCCAAGGGUCGCAGAAUGCACUACAGACAUGUGAACUGGGAAGUGAAAACUUAAAAGUCCCUAUUUUUGAGGAAGACACGCCGUCUGUCAUGGAAAUAGAAAUGGAAGAGCUGGAUAAGUGGAUGAGCACAAAGCACGAAGACUGUGUAUGCUUGCCUCCCUUAAAAGAAGAAAAGGAACCCAACCUCAGUCCCAGAAACUGUGGGGGGCUCUUUGUUACCUCGGAUGCGCCUAUGAUAGGGAAGAAAACCAGAUGGAGUGACGGUCUCCAAGAGGGAAGAGUAAACAAAAGGAAAGGGGUGCACGUGCGCACGCGCACACGUCCACAGCACCCACGGAGAAGCAGACCCCACUUGGACUGGAUUCUUAGCAGACUGGAGUUUUAA